AUGGAUAAUGUUUUGAUAUGGAUAGGCGUUGUGAUAGUCGUUGUGAUAUUCCUAGUUUUAUCUGCUUUUCCGCUAUAUUUAUUCAUUAAGUGGCAACAGACAAAGAGGCAACAGAAGCCGAUAGCAGCGCAAAAUGUUGCCAGAAACAACAACUUGGACCGACCACCUCCGAUUACAACUUCGUUAAAAACCAGUGCAACUCAGACAACCAUCACUAUGAGCUCAUUUCCUGAGACGUACUUGAGUAUUGGAGAAACUCAAGAGCGACGGAAAGCCGAAUCCGGACAAAGAGAGCUGCCAGUGGCUACACUAGACUUGCGAAAAACACGAAAUGAGAACGAAUCGGGAUACUACGAGUAUUACGAGGAAAUAGAUUAACACAAACUAUGAUGAUUUACAAGUAAUAAGCUCCCGAAUGAAGAGAACUAGUUGAUUUUGCCGUAUCGCACACUAAAUGCACUACUUUACGGCUUGUCAGGUUAAAGUCGCUUUAUUUCAGUGACUUUUCUGAUUUUCUGAAGAGAAGAAAGAAGUAUAACAGAGGAAAGUAAGAACAAUAUUUGUCGCUCUAACCCUUUCCUUUCUUGGCUAUUUGCUAAGUAAUUGUGUGUUAUGAUGUGAAUAAGGGCUCUUUGAAAU